UCAAUAGAACGUUUAGGUACUCCCUUCGGCCUUCGAAAUGAACAACAGUAAAAAGAAAACCGAAGCUCUCGAUGGCUCAUCAUCGGAGGUCGAUGACCUCCUCCGAGCUGCAGAAGACCAUCUUCUACUCGAUCUCCGCCUCAAUUCUCACUCCAAAUCCCAAAUCCCUUUCACCUCCUCCUCCUCCUCCUUAGAUUCCGACCUCGCUCGCCGCUUCGACGCGCUCAAAUCCCCUUCAAGCUCUGACCCUAGCUUCACUCCUCUGAAAAAACCGUCACCAUCAGAGGGGGAAUUGAGCGGGAUUCUCGGGGAUGAUCUCGACGCGAGAUUCGCUGCCCUUAAGGGCUCUGUAGGGGCGGCGGCGGCGGCGGCGCCUGAUCUAGGGCUUGCAGGAGUGUCAGAUGGCGGGAAAUUUUAUGAAGAAAGUGAUGAUGGUGAUGAUGACGGGGGUAGAGACGGGGAUGGAGUGUCGAAGAAGGAAGUGGAGAAGCUGCUGCAGUGGGCUAAGGACGCGGCUAGGCUUGAUCCCUCAUCGAAAGAUGAUGAUGACGAGAUUGAUGAUGAUGAUGUCUCUGAAGAUAAUGAUGAUGAUAGUGAUGAUUCAGAGCAGGAAAGGAUUAACGAGAAGAAGAUGAAGAGCAAAGGGAAGCCGAAUAGGUUUAUUUUCUUCUAGUUUGCUACUUUUCUUUUUUGUGAUAAUCGAUAUAUAUAGCGAGGGAUGCUUUCUGUGCUAUGCCUAUGUCCGCAUCUGUGGGAUCAUGGCUAUAAACUUCCCAAGUUAAUGAACAUCUCCGUGACAUCUUUUAGUCUGAGACUCAAAGUUAUCAGAAAAUUUGAGUUCUCUGCUGAAACCUUAUGCUAUAUAGUUCUGCAAGCUACUCUUCAACAGUUGUUCAUUAUGGGGCACUGUGUAUAUUCA